ACAAACCUACCCACUACGAAGAGGUUUUUCCAGGAAGUGUAGGUUGCUGCAGCCUGUAUCCCUUGAGCAGCGGGUGCUCACGCAACAGUUCUCAUGCUACUUGCAAGCGGUGCAUUUGAAGGAGCCCCAGCACCGCGCGUGGAGGAUGAACGAACCCUACAGCCCUGCGACGCCCCGAGCCAUGAGCAGCACCUCGCCCAGCACCAUGAAAAUGCUCAUGGGCUUCCUCGCUCUAUUUAUUGUAGCGCAGACAAUCGGGACCGUGCUCUUCUGUUUGUAUCUUCACAUGAAGAUGGAUAAGAUGGAAGAGGUGUUGGACCUGAAUGAGGAUUACAUCUUCCUGAGGAAAGUACAGAAGUGUCAGACAGCAGAAGGCCAGAAAUCAACCAUAUUGGACUGUGAAAAGAUUCUAAAGGCCUUCCAGGACCUCCAGUGCAAGGACAGGGGAGCCAGCAAGGAGCAGCCCAAAUUUGAAAUGCAGAGAGGCCACGAGCACGAGCAUCCCCAUUUGAUGCACAAGAACGAGACCCCUGUGGCAGUGGAGAAGAGGCAGCCGAUUGCAGUCCACCUGGCAGGUCGGAAUAUCAGCAAGAGGGUCUCAGUGCUGGAGUGGGAGACGACGAUGUACGGCCCUACGAGCAACAACUUGAUAACCUACCAGGAGGGGAAACUGAAGGUGAAGGAAGCAGGACUCUACUACAUCUAUUCCCAAGUCAGCUUCUGCUCCAAGAAAGCAACUUUGGCACCAUUCACCCUCUAUAUUUAUUUGCAUCUCCCCAUGGAAGAGGACCGGCUCUUGCUGAGAGGACUAGACACACACGUAACCUCCACGUCGACCUGCGAGCUCCAGUCCAUCUGGGAGGGAGGUGUCUUCAAGCUCCGGGAAGGUGACAUGGUCUUUGUCAACGUGACAGACUCAACACAAGUGAACUACCGCCAGGGCAUCACCUACUUCGGCAUCUUCAAGCUGUAGUGAGGAGGGGACCGCCCUGAGCUGGUCCUGAGCUUUCCCUGUUUCCCCUAUUUAUGUCCCUCUGCCUCUUUGGUUUCCUUGUUUCUUAAUUUGUAUAUUUUGUUAUUUAUUAAUGAGGACCAAGGGGCCCUGAGAACACAAAUGGAACAAAGUCUGAAGCUGUU